CGAUAACGAGCGGCUGCCCUUGGACGCGGAGGGCCGCAGGUUGUGUAGUUCGGGGUUCUGUGUGUGUGGCCAUGGCACGGGCGUAUAUUCAGCGGUAUUGGGACAUCCCCGAUGGCACCGAGUGUCACCGCAAGGCCUACCUGAGCACCAGUAUCAGUGGUGCCGUUGGCCUAAUCACCUCCGCCUACAGCGUCUCACUCAAUCCCCCUGACUCCUUCCUGGAGGGCGUGGCCAGGACCGGACGGUACACGUUUACUGCAGCUGCCAUCGGUGCCGUGUUUGGCAUUACCUCCUGCGUCAGUGCCCAGGUCCGAGAAAAGCCCGACGACCCCCUAAACUACUUCAUUGGAGGCUGUGCCGGAGGCCUGACCCUAGGAGCACGCACUCACAGCUACGGGAUUGGAGCCACAGCCUGCGCAUACAUGGGCAUCACGGCGGCCCUAAUCAAGAUGGGCCAGCUGGAGGGCUGGAAGUUGUUCGCAGAGCCCAAGGUGUGAGCCCCACCGCCUCCCUUGACCUCGGGCAGGUGGAGAUACCCCUUGAAUUAAAUCCUGUGUAUGUUCGUG